AUGAUCGGCAUCAAGAGCCUCCUCACGGCGUGCCUCAGCGCAGCCACCCUCUCUUCCGCCGCACCCACGGGCCAGAAGCUCGAGGAGCGCAGCGAGGUCAUCACCGCCUCGACCACUGGCACGUAUGGGGGAUACUAUUUUUCCAACUACGUCGAGACUGGUUCUGACACCCUGACGCUGGGAACGGGGACGUACUCGCUGUCUUGGUCGUCUUCCAACACGGAUGUCGUCUCUGGCAUUGGCUGGUCGACUGGAAGUGCUCGCACUGUCACCUACACCGGCAGCCUCAACGCCGGCGGCGACUCCCUCCUCGCCCUCUACGGCUGGACGACCUCGCCCCUUGUCGAGUACUACGUGAUCGAGACCUACGGAACCUACAACCCCGGGUCCGCUGGAACCCACAAGGGCACCGUCACCUCGGACGGCGCAACCUACGACAUCUACGAGGUCGUCCGCAGCAACGCCCCGUCCAUCCAGGGCACCCAGACGUUCAACCAGUACCUGAGCAUCCGCCAGAGCAAGAGGACGAGCGGAACCAUUACCUUUGCGAACCACAUUGCUGCGUGGGCAAAUGUUGGACUGACUCUUGGCGCGUACAAUUACCAGAUCAUGGCUACUGAGGGAUACGAGAGCACUGGUACCUCCAGCAUUACAAUUUCUUGA